AUGUCCAGUCCUCGUACUCGCGCCAACCCUCCCGUCCAGCCCCUCGCCGUGUCUGCCAGUCCCGGGCUGCCCAUUAGCGAGAGGCACUCCAGGACCUCUCGCGGCACCGACGACGAGUCCACAAAACCCACGUCCAACUCCGCUUCGCUCCUUUCCCGCCGGCCCACCGCGCAAAAGUCGAGCCUGAGCCUGCGCUCGACCGGCAGUGCACGCUCGCGUACCGAAGGCGGCGGCUCGUCCACCAGCCGCCGCGGUGGCCGGGCGAUCCCAGCGCCUGACCCGAUAAUCACCAUCUCCGCAAGCGGAGCCAACAAGGACGACUCCGGAUCCGGCCCCGGCCUCCAACACACCUCCUCUCUCAACAACCACUCUGCGCCGCGCCGCGACAAGGCUGCCCGCGUCCUGGGUAUCCGUCACCGCCAGAGCAUGGAACCCAUCCCUGCCUCGAACCGCAACUCGCUCGCGUCUGCUCGUUCUGCCCCGGCCUCGGUGAGCGCACCCCCGCCCUCCUCUUCUGGGCCCUCCAUGCCGCUCGCUUCCCUCUACGUCGUCUCUGGCCUCCCCAAGAGCCCGCAUACAUGGACCCUGGCGGACUCUGACUCUGUCAUGGGUCUCAACCAUAGCGAGGGCGCCGUCGGGCGCUGGUGGCGUCCUGAGGUGCUAGGCAGCACCAUCAGCCCCGGCGCCGGCGGAGGAGGCACGAAGCGCAAGAAGGGUGGCCGCAAAGACGACAACGGCACGACGUUCAGUUCGUCGGGCUAUCUCAGCAAGCAGGAUAUCGGAAAGAUGCUCUCCAAGGCACUUAAGCUGUCCUUCACGCGCGAGGUCGAAAUCAUCGCGUCCACGCUGCAGCCCGCGUCGACGGUGCACAACUUCACGUUCACCCUACCCGCGCCCUCAACGCCUCUCGCUACUAGUCCGUCCACCGACAUGCUGCGCGCCUCGGUCUUGACAACGAACACCGACGUGUCGUCGUACGCUUACCCGUACACGGACGACCCGUUCACGAGAGCCCGCCCCUCUUCGGCCUACCUGGGCCCGUCUUCGGGUUUCCUCUCUCCGAACGGGCACACUCCAAACCCGCGGUCAGGGAACGAUCUCGGCUCCGGCGUUGGCGGGGGGAACAACGCGCAGGUCACAUAUCACGGCGUGUGCCUGACUGUCUGGUCGCACGCCGACGCUGAGCGGACAGCGGCCAUCCGGCGCACGCUCGAAGCGAACCGCGCGCGCAAGGAGAGCGCGCAAAGUCUCGUCGCGUCGCGUCGGCGCGGGCACGGUGACGGCGGAGGCGACCCGACCCUGCAUGCGCGUCGGCGAGCGAAGAUGAGCGCGCGGGGCCCGUGGGGCGCGGGCGCGGGCACGGAUGCCGAAACCGACAUGGAGACCGACGGCGAGGGCGGGGCGGUGAGCGAGAGCGACUACGAGGUUGCCAGCACCGUGGGCCACACGCCGGGCGAGAGCACGCUCUUCUUGCCCGGCGACGCCGUCUUCUGGCUGCCGUACGCGUUGACCCUGGUCUCGCGCUAUCCCAUCUAUGACUUGAUGCGCGACUAUCUCACGCUGUCUUGGGCGCGCUUUUCCAAAGAUGUGCAGUCUCAUACACUCCAGAUUUCCAAGAUCCUCUCUCACUCAGCUCCGCGGCCUGGCGAGCUCGUUCGCCUCGACGCCUCGUCGCAGGCGAGCAACGGUGCAGAGACCAGCCUCGAAGUCGUCGCUCGCUUCCCUGGUGGUCUCGACUUCGGGCGUGGGCUUGUCGAUGUCAACUUCACCAUGUGGCCGUUGUUCAAGUGCCUCAACAUCGACAACAUCUUGACCAUCUGCGAGAUCGCCCUAGCACCCACCGGCCGUAUCCUCUUCUUCUCUCGGCACCCCGCCAUGCUCGGCAUCGCCGUGCUCACGGUCAAGUACCUGGUCGAGCUGCGCGCCUGGAGCGGUGUCGCGCUCUCCGCGGUACACUCGCGCGAUGCCAAAAUCUACAUCGAGGACCCCGGCCCGUGGAUUAUCGGUCUUGCCACCGAGUCGCGCCACGCGGUGCGCCCUCCUCCGGAGGUGUGCGUCGUGGACUUGGACAUCAACUACCUGAACUGUGCGUCGCCCCCUCCGGGUGCCAUCUCGACCAAGCAGCAGCGCGACCGUUACCGGCAGAAGCUACUUGCUGCGUUCGAACCUCACUACCAUCCCGAUCAUUGCGUGCCCAGUGAGUUCAAAGAGGCCUUCCCCGCAGGUCGUUUCCGCCCGGUAUGCAAGAUCCAGGCGAAGCGUGGUGCCGCAUCGACCGCAGUCGCGGACAUGGUCAAGCCGCCCGAGUGGUGGCAUUCGACGCGGAUCAUCCAGGCGUUCGACGGCGUGCUGGCGGACAGGAUGAAGAAGCCGUCACUGCUGAAGCGGAUCUCCUCAUUCGGCGCGGUGCGCGCGCCGCCCAGGCUGACCGUCGCGGAGCAGCACAUCCAGCUGUCGAUCCGCAAGCGCGCGUCCGCGUUCGUCGACGCGCGGGACGACCUCGAGACGAAGAUCGGCCGUCUCUCCCGCCGGCUCAACUUCCUGAUGACCGAGUCCGACCUCUGGCGAGACAAGUUCGUCACGUUCGAGCAGUACGCGGAGAAGCUGAGCGUGGAGGCGAGCGAUCUCCGAGGCAAGAUCAACAAGGAGCAGCGGGAGACGAAGCGGCUGUCGAGCAUGAUCACCCUGACGGCGGCGGAGAAGAUGAAGCUGCAGGACCAACUGCGCGAGACGGAAACCGCGCACAAGUCGGCCCUCACGGAGCUCGAGGAGAUGCGCGAGAACAUGGAGCGCAUGGAGGAGGAACGCGCGCAGAUGAUCGCCGAGGUCGAGGCCCAGAUCGAGCGCGCGCUCGUGCACAUGGCCGUCGACGUCGACGUCGACGACUCGGACUACGGAGGCUCGCGGCCGUCGAGCCGGAUGUCGUCGCGCUCGGCGCCGAGCACGUACCGCCGCCCGAGCGACGCGAGCCGGCACCCGAUGCCGGCGCUCGACGCUGCGGAGAGCUUCGCGAACGGCGACGACCUCCUGGUCAAGACGGAGCGCGUGACGGGAACAGUGAUGGAGGAGGAUGAGGAGGAGAUGGAGGCGGAGAAGAAGCGGCGGGAGGAGAAGAAGAAGAAGCGAUUCUCGGCCGGGGACGAGGGCGACAACAUGAAGGCCGUCGACGAAGGUAUCAGCCAGAAGAGCGACAAGAUCGCGCAGAAAGUACGCGAGAUCCAGCGCAAGCUCGAGAACGCGAUGGGCCCCGAGGCCUACCGCCGCUCGCUGGACAGUCAGCCGAGCGAGAGCGAGCUGUCGGAGGCGACCAGCCGGUUCCGCGCUCGCCGCGCCAAGCCCCACAGCAGGAAAAGCAGCUUGGGCGGGUCGACCACUGGCCACACCACGCCCCACCCAAAGGUGCCUUCGCCCAAGGUCCCCGUCCUCUACGUCUCGGAGAGCGAGUCCAAAACCGAGGUGGACCCCAAGGAGCGCCCCGCUCGCCCGUCGGUGGUGACCUCCAAGGAGACUCUCGACCGGCGCGGAAACGUGCGCAAUAUCCCGUCGAACGCGUCCCUCUCCGCGCUCGUGACGCCAUCGACGCCGAGCCUGACUCCGGGCGCGACGAGCAUCGCGACGGACGACGAGGAGACGGACUUCCAGAGCGCGUACUCGGCCAGCCCGCGCGGCAGUUACGGCUCCAUCUACGACCGCGACACCGACGGCGAGCAGGAGGGCACGCCCACCACGGUCGCCGCCGGGCACCACCACCUCGACGAGUUCGGCGCGCGCGACGACCCGGCGCGGCGAGCCCUAAGGGCCGCGAGCGCAACUUCAGCACAAGCACCGCAACGAACGUCCGUUACGGCCAGCGGCUCAAGUCGCGCGAUAGCGCGGACACCGUCGGCGGGCGCGCGUGAGCGAUGA